AUGAAAAAAGUGUUAUUUAUUGCAUUCGUUGCUGUAUUUUUCAAAUAUUCUCAAUCGAUUGCAGAAAAUAAAGCGAUUUACACUGGAUUUCCAAAUUGCACAAAUUAUUCAAUAAAUUUUGAGAAUAUCGAAAAUACAACUUUUGUUUUCGUUCUUGAUCGAGCAGCGGAUUGGGAAUCAGUGAGUUUUGAAACGAUGGCCAAGAGUUUAGAGUUAGCAUAAAAUUUAAAAACUUUUGGGCAGAAAUAUUUACACAUGAACACAAACAAUUUCAAAUUUGAUGGUCGUUUUUCAAAUUUUUUAAAUUUUGAGCAAAAAGUCAAAUUUGUCAGAAGUUAGCGGAUUUUCCCAUCUUUCAAAUCAGAACUCCUUACAGUACAUCCGAGUCUUAUACCUAUACAAACAGUUCUCAUGUAUGAUCCCAAUUGAUGACUCGAUAAAAAUAAUAUUCCUGCAAUAUACAACGAACGAAGUUUUUCUUGAACCUCCUCAAAGAAGUGAUACAAUUUCUGGAACAAUUUAUGCGACUGGAUAUGAGCAAGAUUAUUAUAAUGAUGAUCAUUGUACACGAUUUAAUGAAUCGUUGACUAGCAAGUUAGAUGAACUUGUCAAUUUUUCACUACGAAAACCAAUUCAAAAUGUUCAAUUUAUUGUUCCGAUUUAUUCAAAUGCAGUUGAUGCAAAAAGUUGUUCAAUGAAAAAAGUUUUUGAUGAAAAAAUCCAAGCUGGAAAUAAUGCAAGUUUAUUGAAUUUGCAUUUUAAUGGAAUUAAUAUAAAUUGCACCGCAGAUGGGAAAACAAUGAAAAAGGAAGGGAUUUUUAUGAAUAUUCCAGAUGUUAGAAUUAUAAAUCCUAAUGAAACAUUUAUGGUUGGACCACCAGAAACUGAAUAUACAAGAAAGCUGACACCAAUUGUGAAGGAAUUGCAAAGAUUGUGAGUUUGAAAAAUAUUCUACAGAACAUUGUUUUAUUGAUUUCCUCAAAUUCCUAUUCUCAAACCUACUCCCAGAGUAAUUCUCUACCUAAAAGUAUUCCCAUAUUUUUCGAUAGCUGUCACAAAAUCAUCUAGAACGUCCAAAGAAAUUUAGAGAAUAACAUUAUCCACCUAAUUUCUAACUGCAAUUCUCUGGAAGUCCGCAAAUCAAUUAGUUUUUAUGAAUAGUUUUUCUAAUAUGUUUCGAAAAAAAUUUAUAAUUUUCAGCCUGGAAAACUCGUUGCAAAACAGAACAACAACUUCAACUUCGAAUUCGCCAAACUUUUUCUGGAUUAAUUUAUUUGCUUUAUUGAUUUUUUUCAAAUUCAAUAUACGAAUGUAA